AUGGGGUAUAUAUGUAUAGGGAGAGAGCUUCACCACAUGUGGCCUCUGAAUAGCAGAGCAUCUCCUAGUGGCGGGCCGAACAGCAUGGCUAAUAACAACGUCUUCAUUCAACUUCUUUUUCUUAUCAUCACCUCCUCAGGGUUUCUUUUCCAUGAUACCAUCAAAGUUGGCUCCUGCCAGGGUGAUCAUCAAAGGGGUUGCGUUGACACAGAGAAGGUGGCUCUUCUCAAGUUCAAACAAGGCCUCACAGAUACAUCGGAUCGGCUCUCAUCUUGGGUCGGGGAAGACUGCUGCAAAUGGAGAGGCGUGGUCUGCAACAACAGGAGCCGUCAUGUCAUCAAACUCACACUGCGUUAUCUUGAUGAUGAUGGAACAGAAGGCGAGUUGGGUGGUAAGAUCAGUCCUGCUUUGCUUGAAUUGAAAUAUUUGAAUUACUUAGACUUGAGCAGGAACAAUUUUGGAGGGACUCCAAUCCCCGAGUUCAUUGGUUCGUUGGAGAAGUUGAGAUAUCUCAAUCUCUCUGGUGCAUCCUUCGGUGGACCUAUUCCUCCACAACUUGGAAAUCUUUCCAGCCUGCACUACCUUGAUCUCAAGGAAUACUUCGAUGAGUCAAACCAGAAUGAUCUUCAUUGGAUAUCGGGUCUUACUUCGUUAAGACACCUUAAUUUAGGAGGUGUAGAUCUAAGCCAGGCUGCAGCUUAUUGGCUUCAAGCUGUUAGCAAGCUUCCUUCUCUUUCCGAGUUGCACCUACCUGCUUGUGCACUUGCAGACCUUCCUCCCUCUCUUCCAUUUUCCAAUCUGAUCACAUCUCUUUCAAUCAUCGAUCUUUCCAACAAUGGUUUCAACUCCACAAUACCCCACUGGUUAUUCUAG